ACGGUUAAUCUAAUGUUUCCAGGUUGUACAGAGGGAUUGGCUGCAGCCUGUGAUAGGUUCCACUAAACUGUACAGUUAAUGCUGAUUAAUUCUCAGGUUUAAAUAUUCUGCCCGACGAUGCUAGGAAAAGAUUCUGCUGAGGACCCACAACAGGUUCAGUAUCAUCCCUUCCCCGGAAUAGAUGAAUCAAUCUUUAGACAGGAUAAUAAUAAUAAAGGUGGAUGUCAGGUGUACAAGCUCACUAGCCCUGAUGUACAGACUACCUUAGGCCUACUUCAGUCACAUCAAACAAUGCCGACGGUAUCUCCCAGCCUGGUGCUAAAAGUGGCAGAAUCAGAAAAGGAACGCCAGCUGCGUAGAAUGCAACAAGUUGGAAACCUCGGCAGCAUUGCUGGAAACUUUGGUAUCAUCAAUCCUCUCGUAUUCAAUCAGUUCGGAUACGGAACAUACGCACAGCCCUACGGUCAUCUGAACACAUCCCUCAUCAGCCAGCAAGCUUUGAUGGCAGGGUCAACUCAGCCAACCUACCUUUCACCUGUAUCAGGACUACCUGCUCUUAGCCAUCUUACUUCAGCCAUUGUCUCUCCAACUGCAGGUUUGGCCACCGCGGAUAAUAAUCAAGCUAUUCAAGCCGCAGCAUACCCUACUAUCCCCUUCCCUGGAGUAGGAUGUUCCAUAAGUGGACCUGAGGGGUGUAACCUAUUUAUCUACCACCUCCCUCAAGAGUUUGGUGACGCAGAGUUAAUGCAAAUGUUUCUACCCUUCGGUAACGUCAUCAGCUCUAAAGUGUUUAUUGACCGAGCUACAAACCAAAGUAAAUGUUUUGGUUUCGUCAGCUUUGAUAAUCCUACAAGCGCUCAGGCGGCCAUUGGAGCUAUGAACGGAUUCCAGAUCGGUAUGAAGAGACUCAAGGUUCAGCUCAAGAGACCUAAGGAUGCCAGUAAACCUUACUAGAUAGAUAGAUAUGACAGCUAGCUGCUAGCUGCUUUUGUUAGCCACCGGUCUUAAAUCAAAUUUAAGUCUGGGAACUAAGAGUUGCUCAAGUGUUAUAACAGACCAACAUAUAGAAACAUCACCUAGUGGAACUAGAGGAAUAUAUUUAUAUAAGUUUUAUAAGUCGUCUUCCCCCCACCCAGGAUCUUUCUCCUCUCGUUGUCCUUGGCUCCCUUUGAACCUACAUCUUAUCCCCUCUCCCUCUUUCUUAUAUGCCAAACUUAUAUCAAAACUCAUGUUAAUUAAUCUUGUUAAACCGUAUAAUUGUCGAAAAAUGAUUAUUUAUGAAAAAAAUGAAAACUUGGAAAAUCAGAAAAAAAAACAGUUUAAUACCUUAAUAAUAAUUAAGAUAGUUAGUUAUUGAUAUUAAUUUUAAAACAAUUCUAGUCCAAUUAAGACAACAAAUUAGGUAUAAUUUAAUACUAAGAAUUUUUCGUUAUACUUUUCUGGCGCCAAAAUUACUUUACUUAUAUGAAUCUAACUUUUGUGCAAAAAAUUGCAAAAAUUUAAAGUUUACGCUGCUUUAAAGCUGCUAGUUUCCAAAUAUGCCAAUCGUGUGCUAAAUUUUACAUUUUAAAUGCUUCUGCUCUGAUAGAACGAUGUUCCAAAAAACUAGUUUUUGGUGAGAAACAUAUCAUUUUUGAGUGACAAAAAAAAAACUUUUCUAUGAUAUUCUUUAUCAUAAAUUUUAGAAUUUCAAAAUGAUUUAACACUUUUUUUCAUAAUGUAAAUAAUGCAUUUUAUAUAACAAUUUUAAAUUUUCACUUCGCUUUAUAAUGAACGAGUAUACGCUCCGUUGGAAAGGCGUACGCCCAAUUUUAGAAACACUGAAUUUUCACUUUUAUUUGCACAUACUGUAGUGCAAUAUUUUAAUAUGAUUGCACGUUUAGCUGCAGAAUAUAGUUGCCAAAUUAGUAUUAUUAAGUAUGUAUCUCAUGUAGUCAUGUUUAUAUAAUUAUAUAUGUUGUACACCAAGGAAAGAAUAUUAUGUACAUCAACAAAAGCAUUCGUACAGAUACAGUACAUAACCCAUGCUGUGUACUGUAAGUACUCAUUUAGAAUCAAGUUUUUAAAAGUUUCCUUGGCAAAGAACUGUACUUAACAUAAAUCCACCUGUAUGCUGUCCAGUUUAGACCAAAUCAAGAAAAUUUCAAAUCUUAGGAUCGAUCAUGUGAUAAUUAAAAGUCUUGUUUUUUUGGACAAAAUGUCAUUUUUAUUGAACACUAAAAACAAACCAAAGUUUUUUUUAAAAAUUAAAAAUGUUUUCAAAGAUCCUGCUGCAUCUUCACAAUGGGGACAGAAGACCCAAAGGUCUCCAACAGUGAAAUUAUAGUUUUGGUAUUUCAUUCUCCUCUUUUUGAGAACUUGCAUUCUUAUCUAGUCACAAACUUUCAUACUAGUCACCAAAUAUAGUUAUACAAUUUAAAUGAUAAAAAAGACGCCAUUUUGAAUUUCCGAGCUAGUUAGUUCAGAAAACAGUAAUUCUUCUUUUUGAAUUUAGUGAUGAACAUCAUGAAAUGAAAACCUUCAAUGGAAAACAGAAAACUUUGAAGAGCCGAACAUUGAACAACUGUUUCUGCAGGUUUCUCGACUGUUCAGAAGAAAGGGACUGUAAAUGUAAUUUCAAGUGACCCUCCAUGCAUGAGAUGGCAUUACCGAUUUACAACGGUACCCUUGAA